GCGCCGGUGCGCGGGGCCUGGCGAGGCCGUGGCUGCCUGGCUCUGCCCCGCCCCUCGCUCCCUCCCCGGGAGGAGCUCUCAGCUGGUCUCCCGCAUCCAUCAUGGAUUACCUCUCUAAACCCGGGUUCCUCAGCAUCAUCGCUGGGGUGGCGUGCGGAGUGUGCCUGGGCUGGGGCAUCCGCGGGAGGCUCUUCAGGCAGCCCAAAGCCGGCGCCCACCUGGGGAGCGAAGCCAACGUCAUGGGAGAGUCCGGGGAGUUCAAGAUGGUGCUGAUCGUCCGCAACGACUUGAAGAUGGGAAAGGGUAAAGUAGCGGCGCAGUGUUCCCACGCUGCUGUUUCUGCCUACAAGCAAGUUCAGAGAAGAAAUCCCGAACUCCUGAAGCAGUGGGAGUACUGCGGGCAACCUAAGGUGGUCCUCAAAGCUCCCGAUGAGGAGACUCUGAUGCAACUCCUGGCUGAGGCUAAACACCUCGGACUGACUGUCAGCCUAAUACAAGACGCAGGCCGUACUCAGAUAGCUCCAGGCUCCCAGACAGUCCUUGGUAUUGGACCAGGACCAGCCGAUAUAGUCGAUAAAGUUUCCGGUCACCUGAAACUCUUCUAAACUGGGGACCAAAGAAAUCUGAAUGCGGUGGUGUAUGGUGGUACUGAAGGGAGAAAACCCAAGUUUUUCCCCCUGUAUAUUCUCUCAGUAUAAAUAAAAUA